AUGGAUCCUCAGCGGAGAUGGCUGGCCUUCUCUGGGACUACCCAAGGGAGUGGAAGUGCCAAGGUCGCACGAGACAUCUUUGCUGGGACCUGCGGUGGAAUCGCAGUCACGCUCGUUGGACAUCCCUUCGACACAGCGAAAGUCAGGCUACAGAGCCAGUCAUCUGUCAAUCCAGUCUACUCUGGAGCACUUGAUGUUGUGAAGAAGACCAUCCAGUGGGAAGGUCCACAGGGACUGUACAAGGGAGUCACCUCACCUCUGGCUGGCCAGAUUGUGUUCAGAUCAGUACUAUUUGGGGCGUUUGGGGCUGCCAAAAGGUGGCUCUCUACCAACCCAGAUGGCACAACACGGGCGCUAACCACCUUGGACUUCUACAAGGCAGGAGCUAUCACAGGCUUUGUGUCAGCAUUUGCAGAGGGGCCCAUCGAUUUCUUCAAGUCCCAGAUACAAGUACAGAUUAUCAGGGCGAAAGGCGACAUCAACUACAAACCGGCGUUCACAUCAGUCUCAGGCUGUGUGAGGUCGGUCUUCAGACACAAUGGCCCGCUUGGUCCCUUCCAAGGCCUGACCGCGACCAUUGUCAGGAACACACCGGCAAAUUCCAUCUACUUGGGAUCCUUUGAGGUCCUCAAGCAGCAGUUUGCCGAGGCCUAUGGGUGCUCGCCAAAGGAGCUGCCCGGCAUUGUGACGGUGGCUGCAGCUGGGACUGGGGGUCUCAUGUACUGGCUGGCAAUCUACCCCAUUGACCAGAUCAAGUCGGCCAUGCAGACAGACAGCAUCAUCAAGGCGGAGCGCAAGUACCCGACCAUGGGUGCUGCUUUCUCGAAACUGUAUGCGGAGGGUGGUGUGCCUCGCUUCUACAAGGGCUUCACCCCCUGCCUGCUACGGGCGGUCCCUGCCAAUGGCGUCAUGCUGCUCACUGUGGACAAGGUCACAACAAUGCUGUCCUGA